CUCCACGUCCGCGGCCGCGUCUACGCGCCCGCGCAGCGCCUCUGCGCCCGUGCCGUCUCCGUCCGCACCACGUCCGCGACGUCCGCGAGUCCACGUGGCUCCUCUGCGCCCGCGGUGGAUCUGCCCUGCUCGCCACCAUCGGAGGUUCUACUGCUUUGCCCUGUGGACUGUGGUUCCCUCUGCUCUACUGCUGUUGGUGCUCUGCUCUGCCUGCUCUGCUCUGUUGUCUUGCACAAUGUCACAGUCGCAAUUGCUGUCAAAUGCCAUUGUUUUUCCUCUGAAAAUUGAUGGUCCAUCUAAUUAUCAAGAGUGGGCUUUCUCUGUCAAAACUGUAUUGCGUGGACGUGGUCUUGCAUCUCAUUUGACAGAUGAUCCUCCAACUGACAAGUCGAAGGAUGGUUCUGGUGCUGCUGCAGUCACGACUUGGACUAAAGAUGAUGGCCGCAUCAUGAGUGCCAUUGUCACCAGCAUGAAGCCUUCAUUAAUGAUGAGUCUUGAGCACCAUCGAUCUGCUAAGGAGAUGUGGGACUACCUGGAGGGGAGAUAUGUUCAGAACAGUGGUGCCCUUUUGCUUACUCUCAUGCAAGGUCUUCAUGAACUUCAGAAGAAUGAGAUGUCUAUAGAGGAUUACUAUACUGCUUUUGAUCGUGUGAUGGGACCUUUUCUUUCCAUGGUUCCUAAGUGUGAGGCAGGGUGUUCAGGCUGCUGUGCUAAGAAGGAUAAGUUCAUUGAAAAGUUUCUUAUAUAUCAGUUUUGUCAUGGUUUGCGGCCUGAUUUUGAGUCCAUUCGUAAGCAGUUGUUGAAUGCACCCACUACUCCGUCCAUUUCUGAUGUGUUGUCUGCUUUGAUUGCUGAAGAGACACGACUCAGUUCUCAGUCUCCUUCUGUCACAGUGCCUCACAGUGUCCUCACAGCCUCUCACAAGACCAACACAGUGAAGGACAACUCUUUUGGGCCUUGUGUUCAUUGCAAGAAGACUACUCACCGCUCAGACAAUUGCUUUGUUCGGUAUCCUGAGAAGUUAGCUGCUUAUCGCUCACGCCAUGCAGCUCGUGGUCGUGGCGGCGGUUCCACCUCUACAGGCUCUGUGCCUGCAAGUUCUGCCCCUACAGGAUCUGUGUCAGUUGCUGCUGCAUCUCCUGUCACUGCUCCCUCAUCUUGGGUACUUGAUUCUGGAGCAUCUUUUCAUGUGUCAUCAGAUCAGUCCCAACUUAUUUCUUGCACACCAAUUACUGAUGGUGCCUCUAUUCAGACAGCAGAUGGAUCGUCGCACCGGGGCUGUACUUGGGACUGGCCAUCGCCGUAGAGGUUCUCAUAGCCUCUAUGUCCUCGACACCUUGCGUCUUCCUCACUCUACCACCCAUGUGUCCUCGGUCGCUGCUGCUGCUGCAUCAUCAUCAUCAUCGACUUUGUCCUUUGCCAAGUGGCAUCAUCGUCUUGGUCAUUUAUGCGGGUCUCGUUUGUCCACCUUAAUAAAUAAGGGUUGUUUAGGUCCUAAACCAAUCGAGUCUAGCUAUCAGUGUAAGGGUUGCAAGCUUGGAAAACAACUGCAACUUCCAUAUUCCACUAGUACCUCUCAUUCCGCUAGACCUUUUGAUAUUAUUCACUCUGAUGUAUGGGGUCCUGCACCUUUCUCUACCAAAGGUGGUCAUAAAUACUAUAUUAUAUUUGUUGAUGAUCAUUCUCGAUAUACUUGGGUUU